AAAGGCGUCCGGCUCGGAAACGGGCUGCAGGGGAGCGCAUAUGGGCGCAAUGACGCACACACUAACGCGACAGGACAAGCAGUGAAGCAAACGAGUCUGGACUCAAACGUUGGAGCUGAAGAAAAUCUGCUUUUAUUCAAAGAUCUCCUUCAGAUUGUUCAUUUUAUUCUUUAAAAAGCAGAAAAAUCUCUCCUCCAACCAUGCGAGUGUGCGCAAAAGUACGCAACAGGUGCAGACUGAGACGAGAAAAGACUCCAAACAUAAAGGGUGAUUUUUUUUAAUUACUUUAUAUGAUUUAAAUAGGUUAUAUAACUUAUUUUACACACUAAAAUUACAAUUUUAAUAAUAGAAAAUCAAAUUUUGUGUGCAAAAUGGGAACUUUCUGCACAAAAAUGUUUGCACACUUUGUUCCUGUGAAGCCUCAAGACUAUAUUAACCCUCCAAAUUCUCAUUUUUAUUGUUUGUUUUUUUUUUUAUGGGGAGUUGCGUGGCUUUUCUGCUCCUGCUCUUUCUUGCCUUGCACCUCGGCAUCAGUUCAGCCUUCAGGGUGAAAGAGUGAUCCUCCUGCUGCUGCUGCAGGAGAGAGAAAAAAAAGCUUGCUGGCUGAGAGCCAAGCUGAAGAACAAGUGCGCCUCCCUUCUCUCUGCUGUUUAGCGUAUUCAUAGUUAGGGGCUUGGGCUGUUUUUUAAAAAGGCAAGGCAGGUCUCAAGUUGAUCAGUCUGCGCUGGAGAAAGUACUGGAGUCCUAACUAACUAGUGGGGCAAAUUUCAUACAAAGACUUGCUAUUUUUUUAUAUUUUUAAAGGGGAAAAGUUGCUUUUUUAUUGUGCAUUGAAACUUAUUUUGCAGAGUAGACUCCUGCUUUAAUUAUUAUUAUUUUUAUUUAAAGAUUGCAGCACUGCUGGAUAAAGACUCUUGGCUUUAACUGUAAAAAUCGGAUUAUCUGACUCAGGCAUUGUGUUCAUUAGACCUGGCUACUUUUCCCCCUCCUCCUCGCAUUUUGAGGUCUCUGAAGUGAAGAAGCGACAACCAUGUUCCUGAGCUUUUGCCUCCUCGUGACAUUUCUCCUGGGGCUGUCCGGAUGCUUGGGCUCUUACGUCCCGUGCGAGCCCUGUGACGACAAGGCGAUGUCCAUGUGUCCGCCGGUGCCGCUCGGCUGCCAGCUGGUGAAGGAGCCGGGCUGCGGCUGCUGCCUGACGUGCGCGCUCUCCGAGGGGCAUGCGUGCGGCGUCUACACCGGAACCUGCAGCAAGGGCCUCCGCUGCCUGCCGCGGAGCGGGGAGGAGAAGCCCCUGUACGCGCUGCUCCACGGCAGGGGAGUGUGCACCAACGAGAAGGGAUACAAGCCCGCUGUCCCGCCCGCAGAGUUUGAGUCUCGAGAGCACGAGGAUGCCAUCACCCCAGAGAUCCCAGGAGAUCUGCAGCCAGCUAAAGUGGUGCUCCAUCCCAAAGACAUUGUCAACAGCAAAAAAAAUAUUGCGGUGCGGAAAGAGCAGAAGAGGAAGCUGACCAAGCAGCGCUCCAUGGGCUCCACAAUGGAUUACGCCCCUAUGACCAUUGACAAGCAUGAGCCGGAAUUCGGGCCAUGCAGGAGAAAACUUGAUGGAAUCAUUCAAGGGAUGAAAGACACGUCUCGUGUAAUAGCUAGGUCUCUGUACCUUCCAAACUGUGACAGACGAGGAUUCUUCAAGCGCAAACAGUGCAAGCCAUCUAGUGGUCGUAAACGAGGGAUCUGCUGGUGUGUGGACAAGUAUGGCAUUCAGCUCCCAGGCAUAGACUACACCGGAGGACACUUUCAGUGUAAAGACCUGGAGAGCACCAACAAUGAAUGAAACCCUGAAAAAAAAACAACCUUCUUCCCUCCUUCGAAACCCACAUUGUCCUACCCUUCACCCACCACAUGACCCGGGGCCCAUGCCUCCUCUCUGAAUCACACCUGUGCACUCCGCCCUCUGCUCACUUCAAGAUCGUCCAUGCAAGGAGAGAAUUGAAAGGAACAAAAAAAGAAAAAAACUGACCCAGAACUCAACUCCACAUACGGAGGAAACAUGCAAAAGAUUUACUGGAUCCCUUUUCUUGACUAUGUCUUUUGGGACUGUUGUGUGAGCCUGGUUAUGUAAAAAGAAAUGUGUGCAGAACUGAUUUUGAUUGUUUAUUUUGUGUUAUAUCAAAUUAAUACAAAAAAAAACAUUGUGGGAGAGAAAAAACAUACAGACUUAAACCAAAUUCCGCUUUGAAACUGUGGAUUGUUAUGACAGCAUUUCAGAGAUGAUUGGAAGAGUAAUCAGAUCUUCAAUAGUAAAAGAGAGAACCAAGAGACUGAAAGAUGUCGGAACACUCAAUCCAUGUUUGUGGUUCUGUCAGAGCACUUAUGAAAAAGGGGAUCCUGCUCAGAUAGGUAUAACUUCUCAAAAACAGUGUGCAUGGGUGUGAGUGUAAAUGCAAUUUGUGUAUGAACCCAUAUUGGUGUACAAUGGAGCGAGCCUGAUAGAAAAAGAAACGAAUGUCUUUUUUUUUUUUAUAUAUAUUUCUUUUGUUUAAUGUUCUCAUGAGUUCUGCUGGCGUUUAAGGUGGUAUAGGGGCUAGCCUUUCUGUAAUGUAAAGAAAAAAUACGUGUGGGUUUUCUUAUUUUUUGGAGCAUCCAGAAACAAAAGAGGAAGUAGACCAACACAGAUGAACCUGCUUAAGUGGCUCUUCAACAUUUUAGCUAGCCUGACAUGCCAACUGUGCCUAUUUCAACAGACACUGCCAUACAGGCCGAAACGGCUUAGAGGGCGCUGGCGCUACUGGUAAAAAAAAAUCCAAUCUUUGACUACAUAAGAAAACUUAGUGACCCCUCCCCCCUUUCUUCUCUACUAAACUGUCCAAUCAGAUGUCUCGCGUUGAAUGUUUGAAACGUUUAAUUGACAGGUUCUCCUGAGCUGCUUUCAAGUAGUAGGGCUUCCAACAAGCUCACUCCUGAUUGGUGAUAGGGGUUGUCAUAGAAACGAUGGCUCAGACAGCUUGAACCAAUCACUGCUUACUGGCUCCAACAUGGCGACAUCCUUACCUUGAAAAACCGGUUCCCUUAUACGGUCAAUGCGUCCAACUUGAUCAGUGACAUUUAAGGUUAAAUUUGGUCUAUCUGGGGCUGUGUUUGGUCAAACUUGCCAGUAGGGCCAGUUGCUCCUUCGAUUAAUUGGUGUGAAGUGCAGUUUUGUAUGGUUUUGUUUUGUGUUGUUUCCUUUGCCUUCAGUGAAGUAAAGACUGCCCACUUUUGAGCCAUGUUACUUUAAUAAGUGCCCCACCCCCCUCAGUUCUGCUACUUCAGUGUAAUCUCAGUGUAUUACGUUAUUUUGAAAAUAUAGUUAUUGAAUGCUGUUUUUUUUUCUCCUGUUAAACAAAGUAUGACAAUUAUGUAAAUAUGCUUAAGAUAAAAGAUCAAAAAUGUCUUUAAAACUUUGAUUAAGUCCUCGUAAGCCUGUCAGGGGGUGUUGGGGUGGUUGUGGGGGGUCCACAGUCAUUUGACGGAGCAGUCAAAGAUGCCUCGGGAAUCCUACUGAUCAGAUGCCUUUUUUUGACAGAAGUGAAGUGUCCGUAAAGGCUACAGGAUAUAGCAGGGUUUUUUUGUUUGUUUUUUGUUAUUAGAGCUCUUCCCUUUCUGUGCCUUCCCAAAUGCAUUUAAGUACUGAUGUGAAACGGACAUGGAUAGGAGUGCGUACACUUUUAUUUUGGGAACUGGUAGCUGAUACUUGACACAGCAAUUCAGCGAAAAUCCAUUUAUAAUCUCAAGUACCUUGGGUAAAAUCCCGGACGAGAAAGGAACCACGCAGGGAGUGACUUUUCGGGUUUAACUCUGACAAACAAUAAGCUAAGGUUCUCGCAUCUUUUAUGCCAAUGUGUACAGGGAGGUGGAACCAAAGGGUGUUUGGAGACUUUUAUUUCGACGUUGAAAAUCCAACCUUCCACCACUUUGAAAGUCCAGACAGAAAGCAGCUUGCACUUAUUUUGUUUACUCACAGCCGUUGUUGAGACACAGCAACCGAAAAAAAUGGGGGAGGGGUUAUUGUGAAGUUGGUGGAUCAGCGAGAAGCCCUAGGUGUUGUGCUAUAUUUUGCUUACUUCUCAAAGGCAGUGCUUUGAGGAAAAGAUCAUUGACAGAGGCUGUUAAAAGCCCAUGCCUGGGACCUUCAGUACAGUUAAGGAGAAAAAAAACACAAAAAAAACAAAAA